UGGCUAAAAUAUAGUAAUUGGAUACAUACAUUUAGGGCUAUGGAUUCGCCCUUGUAGAUGGUGUAAUAUAUCAAGAGUGGAAAAGAAGAGACUGGGGACUCUUAUCCACUAAUAUCAGUACACAUAAAUGUUGUAUUAUAAUAUUAGGCCUGAAAAAAACCCAUAGAAUUCCAUGGGUUACCUGUGGUACUUUACCUUAGCGGCCAAGCCUUAUUGUAGUAAAUACAUCUCCAGCCGUCACAAGAUGGCUGACCUAGAGACAGAYGAAGUGGAUUUGAAGGCUGCGAUUCCUGUCCUAGAAGACUUUGAGCCUAUUGCUGACCUUUUACUGAAGCAUCAGAUGCACUUGAGUGCUUUAGAGUUACAUACUGAGCUUGUGGAAUAUGGACUUCAGAUUCCAAAGCUUCGCGAUUUCUUYUCGAAUCCUGGAAACUUCGAACGACAAUUUCCUGUUAGAGCGCCUUCACCUGGAGCAAUUCCUCGUACUUCCAGUAUUAAUACUAUUGAUUCUCUGGAUGAUUUUGCACGAUUUUCUGAUGAUGGUGGACGAGAUAAUACAGAUGAGCGCAUAACAGUCCUUGAAUUUGAGCUUCGUAAAGCACAUGACACAAUAAGAGCUCUACGUGGAACACUAACAGAAGUAGCAGGUUCUGAUUGUGCCUCACCAUCAAGAAAAGGGCCAGGAUCAACUGAAACAAAGGAAACAUCUUCAUCAGAUGAACCAAUCAAACCCCAUGAAGUCAGAGCAAUUAAUUUUUUAGUCAAUGAGUAUCUGCUGUUAAAUGGUUAUCGACUUACGUCCAUUACAUUCUGUGAUGAGAAUACAGACCAGAUUGGUGAACUGAAGUUUGAGAAUCAUGCCCUCACAGAGAAUAUAAACAAACUACAAAGUGACUUCCAUCCAUUCUCAUCGCCGGGCAAUAYGUCACUAAGCACCAUCAGAUCUGACCAAUCAGAAGACAAGACUUUAUCGCCAUCACACAUUAAUAAUACUAUUGAUGGUAAUGAUGCUGCAAGUGGUGCUAGUGUUUCAAAURUACAGAGAGUUCAUGAUGAUGAUGAUGGUGUUGGYAGUUGUGUUCAACAAGCUGAGGGUGCUCUUACCAUGAACAAAAGUGUUGUUCCGCAAAUUCAAGUUGUUGAUGAGAGUAGAGAUGUAAAAGAGCUGGAAAAUGUCACGGAAGAUGGUGAUGCAUAUGAAGGAAAAGAAGACAAUGAAAUGGGAAGUGACUCACCUUUUGAAAGUGRAUCUGCUGAACCUGAUAGUUCUAACAAGUCAAAUGUUUCAAGAUCAAGAAUGACAUCACCAGCAUUUAGAGAAGCAUUAUUGUCAUCAUCGCAUGUUGUACUUGAUAAUAGACUUGCUGGUGAGGUAUCAAAGUUAUCUGACACUAGUGAUGAUGUAGUGUUAAUCCUGGCAAGAUGCCUUCCUCAUAUUGUCCCUAAUGUGUUGCUCAACAAGAGAGAGGAACUGAUCCCUGUGAUCCUAUGUACAGCUAUCCAUCAUCCAGACAUCAAAGAAAGAGAUGGUUUAAUGCAUAUGCUGUUUAACUUAAUCAAAAGGCCUGAUGAAGAGCAAAGGCAAAUGAUUAUGAAUGGAUGUGCAGCAUUUGCUCAAGUUGUUGAGGCCUCUCGUGUUGAAGCUGAACUCCUUCCUCAACUGUGGGAACAGAUUACUCAUAAAUACCAUGAAAGAAGACUGCUUGUAGCAGAAGCAUGUGGAAGUCUAUCACCAUGUUUACCAGUAAUUGAAUUUGACCGUUUUCUACCAGCCAACUCUCCACUCAUGGAUGUUGAAGUUAUUGUUGGUAGCAGUCAGCUGUUGGCCUUUCUUGUCAGACGGUUUGAUAAGCAUGUUGCUUCAGAAGACUUUAAAUCUUGGGAUGCUUUACUGUGGAUACAGUCAAAAUGUAUUCCAGUACUAUGUGAUAUCGCAGGUCGAAUCCACAGCUCAUUGAUUGAUUGUCUACAGAAACUAAUGUUAUUGUUCCGUACAUUGUGCAUUACAUUUGGACAGCCUUAUUCACAUAAUAGAAUCAAACCAAGUUGUAUUGAUAAACUUGAUAAUGUCAAAGAUUGUAAAGAAGAACAAGAUUCUCACAAGCGGAGUGAAAUUCUUUCAAGUGCUUCCAUCCCAGUUCUUGCUGUAGGAGUUUUUGGAUCUUUUGAUGAGGAAGACGACAAGGCACAAUUAGCCGUUAUUUUACGUGAUUCMAUAAUUGCACUUGCGCAAAACUCUCUUCCUUUGCAUGGUCCGAUACUUAUUUACCAGGAACUUAGUGCCUAUUCUKCGUAUCAUCAACUUCUUAUUGGUGUUCUGUGGGAAAUCGUUGUUUACCAAGAUCCUGUCAUACGCUGCUCAACAGGAGAACUGUUUAUGGUUCUUGUCAAAGGGGUUGAUGUUGAUACUAUAAGUCGUCAUGUUAUCCCUGCACUAGUAACAUUAGCUUCUGAUUCACACAUGUCGGUACGCACUGCGUCUAUACCAGCAUUUGGUUCMAUUUUAGAGAACGUCACAGAUAAAGUUAUACUAGACAAAGUGUACAUGCAGUUUAAAUCAUUCAUAGAAGACCCACAGUACAGGAACCAGCAUGAACUGCAGUUGACUUUGAUYCGAACCUUUGGUAAAGUUGGACCGCAUUCUGAACCUUUGUUUCGAGAUAAAGUUAUUCUCCCCAGACUGGCAGCAAUGGCGUAUAUGAAUAAUAAUUCCGAAAAUGACGUCAUGCGCAAAGAGAUUGCCUUAGAACUMCUCGAAGCCUACGUCUCGCUGACCUGUUGUUUCAUUGUUGCUGAUAUAUUAAGUGAGCACGUUAUUCCUGGUCUGCGGUGUGUCCAAGAAGACAUAUCUACCGUUGCACCUGAAUAUGAGGAAACUGUAUCAGUUUUACUCAAAGAAUGCGAGAYAAAGCUUGAAGAGAAAACAGAUAUGCCGACUGGRGGACAGUCAAACCUUGGGCGGGACCUCAAGAGUACAUUUAUGAGUGGAUUCAACAAACUCAUGGACACGUCGGCCAGACCCAAAAUGUCCGAUAUUUUUAAACGUAAAGAAAGAACAGAUUCAAUGAAAUCAAUGUGAUGCAAAUACCGUAUGUUUUAAYCCGGCAAUCAAAUUGAAUCUUAAAGCAUCACUUUUUUCCUGGUAUCCAGGUAUUCACUAAUGUUCAUCAAACUGACAAAGGAUAUCAAUAUGUCUACUGACAUUCCAUACUUGAAUCGCAAAAAUACACAUGAAUUGUCUUUCUGUAAGAAUAGAUAMCUGCUUAGUCAAAUAUCAGUAUUUCAACUAAAGAGUUCGGAUGUUUUCGAUACGAUUUCGGACGUUUUCGUUGAACGAAUCAAUCCCGAAGUAGCGAACAUUAACAAUACAAAUUAAAAUAGAGUGUUCAAGAAUUACACAGUUUUAUACAGAUAUAUAAAAUUAGUUUUAUGGGUAAAGGAGGAAAAAAAACUCAAACAAAAUAUGAAUAAAAUACAAAGAAAUAAUAAAAUGAGAUAAAGUUACUGAA